AGAGAGAGAGAGAAUCAGAGAGAAAGAGAGAAAAGGAGGCAGAAAAGAGAUAUUCACAGCACUCUCGCGAUUGAUCAGGAAGCAGGUGCUGGACCUUCAUCCACAUCAGACUGAUGUCAGAGCAGAGAUGGAUGUGCGGCGGGACUCGAUGAGCUCCAGCAUCUGACCAAACGAACUUCUGAUCCGCGCGAAUAUAGUCUCGACGUCGUCGAUCAUCAGUUCUUUCUUUCUCUUCGAAGCUUUGCGCGUUUUGCGGGAUCUUCACCGAAUUUUUCGCCUUUAAAUCAGUCUGCCGGUUCAUCCUCCGCAAUUUGAAGCUGAUCAUGAAUAUAAAACACAUCAGAUCCGUAUUAUAAUGGGGAUCGAGGACGCGAGCAUGAGGAACGGACGGCCUCUGUCCGAUCAGUGGGCCGACAGCGUGGUGGUCCGGCCCCGGACGACCGAGCAGCACAUCACUGUGAAUAAGAGACUUGUGCUCGGCUUCGCCAUCUCCAUCCUCACCCUCAUCAUCGUCACGGCCAUCGCCAUCACGCUCAGCGUCAGCUUCGAGAGGUGCGCCGCGGAGAGUAGCGGGACUCUGGCCGCGAACGGCUCCAGCAACAGUAAGUGGAAACAGUCCCGGAACGCUAACAUCAGUCACAGAGACUCAGAGGACGGCCAGCAGCCCUGGAGACACCUGCGCUUACCGGCCACCCUGCGCCCGCGCCACUACGACCUCCGCCUGUCCGUGUCCAUGGAGAACUUCACCUUCUCCGGCGAGGUGCACAUUGAGUUUGAGUGCGUCCAUUCCACGAAGUUGAUCGUGCUGCACACGGACCGGCUGGAGGUGGACAAGGUGCUGGUGUAUUCGGACAGCAAGAAAGCGGGCGCCAUGAGGAUCCAGCGCCGCUUCCACUACCAGCCCAAGCAGGUGUAUGUGAUCGCGCUGCACAGAGAGAUGAAGCCCCUCAGAACAUACAAGAUCAACAUCACUUUCCACGCGCACAUCGAGCACGAGCUCCUGGGCUUCUUCCGCAGCUCUUAUGUGUUGAAUGGAGAAAGAAGGUUUCUCGCAGUGACGCAGUUCUCACCGACUCAUGCUAGAAAGGCCUUCCCGUGUUUCGACGAGCCCAUCUAUAAAGCCACGUUCAGAGUGAGUCUGAAACACGAGAGCUCGUAUCAGUCGCUGUCUAACAUGCCAGUGGAAGCCUCGACAUCUGACGAGGACGGAUGGGUGACCAACCAUUUCUCCAGGACGCCCCGCAUGUCCACGUACUACCUGGCCUGGGCCGUGUGCAACUUCACCUACAGAGAAGCAGUUACAGACAGUGGAGUUGUGAUUCGGCUUUACGCCAGACCUGAUGCCAUCCAGAGCGGAUCGGGGGACUACGCUCUGCACAUCACCAAGAGACUCCUGCAGUUUUACCAGGAUUACUUCAAAGUCAAAUAUUCCCUCCCUAAAUUAGAUCUCCUGGCAGUGCCGAAGCAUCCAUAUGCAGCCAUGGAGAACUGGGGCCUGAGUGUGUUUGUGGAGCAGAAGAUCUUGUUGGAUCCUGACGUCUCCUCCUUCUCCUAUCAGAUGGAGCUUACCAUGGUGGUGGUACAUGAGAUCUGCCAUCAGUACUGA